UUCCUUUAUCGAUAGCUCAGUCAUAUCUGUGAUCGCUGAUUAUUUCCCGCGUUUUUUAAGUAACCUUUAGUUUUUUUUAGUUCUAUUGAUUCUGAUACUGGCGUUUUAUAUUCAAUCGUGUUUAGUUGUUGAAAUGCUUGUUUUGUUGAAAUGUCGGCGGACAAAGAAUUGAGAAAAAAGAUCGUCGCGUUGUUCCAGCUCAACGGGUUUACCGUUCGAGGGGACGCUGCCGAUUUCCUGACCGAGACCCUUUCACCUCUGAGCAAAGCCGAGAGAGAAGAAUGGAUCGAAAAGAUCACAGACCACUGCCAGAAGAGACCGUUGACCUCAUCAGUGCUGGAAAAGUCCCAGUUGGAGAAGGCGAUCCUUGAUAGCUGCAAGAGCGAAGCGGACGAAGACGAAGAACUGCUGUCCGUCGUGUCAGCUUUCGACGUACCGAAGUUCGACUACAGCCUAGAAAGGAAAAAGUUCCUACCUUCGUUCAACGGGAAAAGAGAACUAUUCGGCCUUCCCGCUUCCAAAGGUUUAUUGUUGAAAGACAGGUAUACGAUAGUCUAUCAGAGAACUAUGAGGAACGAACUGUUCCACGGUGCUGCGAACGACGUCUCCCAGUACAAACUCCGCCCCGUUGAAUGUCUUCUGGCGACGACUUCCAAGUUGGAAAAUGUGGUCGUCCUGGGCGUCCUGACACAGCUCAAAGAAGGCAGAUAUUACAUCGAAGACCCGAGCGGAUUCGUUCAAGUCGAUCUUUCGAACACGACCUACCACGACGGGCUCUUUACAGACUCCUGCUUCGUACUCGCAGAAGGAUUCUAUCAAGACGACAUUCUUACAGUCCAAGCGAUGGGUCUCCCGCCGAGAGAAAACGCCGAAGUGAGCAGAGUAUAUUUUGGGACGGCGAAUUAUUUCGGAGGGAGUGCCUUCAUAUCUCAGAGGAACAAUGAACGGCUUAAGGCGCUCGAAAGACAAAGGGACGAUUCGAUGUUUGUCUUCUUAUCCGAUGUAUGGUUGGACCAGCCGCAAGUCCUGGACAAAUUGAGAACCCUGUUUAUCGGUUACAACACCUCACCGCCCACUGUGUUUGUACUUUUUGGCAAUUUCCUCUCCUGUCAAAAAGGGCACAAUCGAAUGACAUCGUUAAAAGACGGUUUCAGGGCUCUGGGUGAAAUUAUUUCUCAAAAUGUCAAUUUAGUGAAAAUGUCUAAAUUCAUAAUAGUGCCCGGUCCAACAGACACUUUCGUCGCUAAUAUACUCCCAAGGCCCGCCCUUCCAGAAUUUAUCUUAGAAAACCUCAAGGCGCAAGUCCCAGGACUUAUUUCAAUGACAAACCCUUGCAGGAUACAAUACUGCACACAAGAGAUCGUAUUGAUAAGAGAAGACAUUGUGACAAAACUAUGUCGUAACACUAUACAUUUUCCUGUGAUUGACGAUAUUGGCCUUCAGUUUGCAAAGACUAUCAUUUGCCAAGCUCAUCUUGUCCCCCUUUCCUUAAAUGUCUGCCCUGUCUAUUGGGAAUAUGAUGCCGCCCUUCAACUCUACCCUACCCCUGAUGUCGUUGUCGUUGCAGAUCAGCACAAAGCAUUUUCUUCAAUUUAUAACAACUGCCAUGUCGUCAAUCCUGGUCCUUUCUCAAAAGGGGAUUUCUCCUUUAAAGUAUACUACCCGGCCAGUAAAGAGGUUGAGGAUUGCCAAAUACCGAGUGAAAGUUGACACUUUUCACAUUCCAUUUACUUUUAUUGUUAUUAUUUUUUCCUUGGUUGUUCAGUGUGCAAGAAAUUUAUAAAUCCUUGUAAACAACUUUUAAUCACUAGCAAUUAUUUUAAUCAAAUUUGAAAUGUAUAAAAUAUGGGGCAACCAAGUGACACAUUUUCGGUUUUAUUAUAUUUUGUUUUUAUUUUUACUAUUAAGUUUUUAAUUUUAUAUAAAAACCAAUAAAUAAAACUGCAUGAAUAUGGCACAAGAUGCCAAAAAAUGGCAGGACAAA